UGCUCCGCCGCGUUAGGUCAGUUGCACCUUCGGGGUCGCUGGUAGCCGCGGGAGCCGGGUGGGGCCUCGGCGAUGAUCCGGCGUUAAGAACCUGGAGUCACCUUGCAUCUAAGGUGUUUUGGGGGAGUGUAGAGGCAACCAAAAAGAUCAUCUGCUUGACUAGACCUUUUGCCCUGAACCCCAUGAAGAAAUGAUAAGAGGCAGGCAUCCGUGCCUAAGGAGAGCGCUGAGCUCAAAGGACAGCAACACAGAGUUCUGGGAGUGUACUGUGAGUUCCACCAGAUGCAGGAGUCUGAACAGCUCUCAUUGAUCAAAGUUAUUGAAAUUAAUAGCAGAACACUUAGAGCACACCUGUGAAACUCAUGCUGAAAAGUGAUCGUAUCUUAUUGAAAGUAUGUAAUCCUAGCCGUGGAUUUGUAUACAUCAAUGGCAGAAUCACCUAGCAAUUCAGACCACCUCCUCUAUAAUGACCCAUUGAGUCGAUUGACAACCAGGUCAGUUCACAGGAGAGCUGGAAGUCAUUCUACAAUAGAUGUCACUGCAAAGGUCAACACUAUAACCAGUACUUUAAAGGACACCAGUCGGAACCUGCAGCAAGUGGAUCACAUGCUUGGGCAAUACCGAGACUAUAGCAUCAGACAGUCAGGUGCCAUUGAGCAGUUAAAGGAAAAUUUGGAGCAGUCCAUAAGCCAACUGAGGAGUCAGCGCUUACAGAGAAACUCAGGAGGGAGAAGUGUUUCUGUCAUCAGCCUGAGUGCAAGCGACCUUGAUAGUGGCACUGUGACAGAGAGUCUCCGCUUUACACCUACUUCACCUCUGAAGGACUAUGAUCCACAGGGUCUUAAACGAAACAGAUCCAGAACUGGUAUUCGGUUUGUUCAGGAGAAAGACAACACCGUCCAGCUCCAUGCUUUUCACCAGUCCCUCCGAGACCUCAGCAGUGAACAAGCUCGGCUUGGAGAUGAUUUCAACAGGGAGUUUUCCAGAAGAAACCGGUCAGAUGCUGAAACAAAAAGGGUUUUGGAAGACUUGGCUGAAAAGCUUAAUGAAACCCAGAAACAAGAUGUGGUUUCAGAUCGAGUGGAGCGGCGGCUUCAGGAAAUAGAAAGAGAGAUGCGCAUAGAAAGAGAGCUGGUGGAAAGACGCCAUGACCAGCUGGGACUUGUGUCCCUGAAGCUUCAGGAGGCGCUGAAGAAACAGGAAACUAAAUCAGAUGAGAAUGAGAAUGUACUGAAAACCAGGCUUCGACAAACUGAAACUGAGAAGAGCCAACUGGAAAAGGAAUUGGAGCUCUCGCGGAAGCUGCUGACUCAGUCUGAAGGCACCAGAGAAACACUUUUGCAUCAGGUGGAAGAACUGCGCACACAGCUUGUCAAAGCAGAAGGUGACCGAAAGAGCUUACAGUGUCAAGCAUCUUACGUUUGUAAGCAACAGUCAAGCCACCAGGAUAUUCAAGGAGAAGAUGACUGGAGGUUUAGAAGAGGAGUAGAGCGGGAAAAGCAGAGUCUGGAGAAUCAGAUGGCUGAGCUGCGAGUGCAGCUGAACUUCAACGCCAUGGCUUCCGAGUUAGAGGAAAUGAAGCGGUGCCUGGAACGGAAGGACCAGGAGAAAGCAACUUUGGCAGCACAAGUAGAGAAUCUGACAUAUGAAUUAGAGUGCAAGGAAAAACAACAGCUGCAGAUGCUGGAUAAACUUAAGGAGAUCCAGACUCACUUUGACACCUGUGAGGCCAAUCGUAAGUGCGCUGACCUGCAGAUCUCAGAGCUGACCCAGCAUGCGGAGGAUGCCACCAAGCAGGCGGAGCACUACCUCAGUGAGUUUCAGAGGUCAGAAGCCCUGCGAGAAGAGUCAGAGAAGAGGAAAGAAGACCUGAAGACAAAGGCCCAGGACUCCAUCCGCCAGUGGAAGCUGAAGCAUAAGAAGCUGGAACGGGCAUUGGAAAAACAAGCUGAAACCCUUGACCAGCUGACGGAUAAGAACAGUCAGAUGCUAAAAGAGAAGGAUGAAUUGAAAAACCAGCUUUAUGUAGCUUUACAGCAGAUUGAUAAUCUCAGGAAGGAACUGAAUGAGCUCUUAAGCAAGCGUGCCUUGCAGGAGGAGGAGCUUAACUGCAAGGAGAAGCAGCUCAGUGACAUUCUGUGUCACCAAGCUGAACUCGAACUGGAGGUCAAGAAUUCCCUCGACACCAUCCAAAGACUGGAAAGUGAGUUGAAAAGACAGAGUAAGAUUCAAAGUCAGGUAAAAGCUGAGAAAGAUCACCUGGAGAAAAAGAUCACCGAGCUAAAGGAGAGCCAGUCCCAGGACAAAGCCAAACUUCUGGAGCUGCAGAAGUCCAUCAAGGACUUGAGCGCCAUCCGAGCAGAUCUCGCAAAUCAACUGGCUGAGGAAGAGCGAGCCAAGAAAGCUGUGCUUAGGGACCUUUCUGAGCUGACAGCCCAGGCAAAAUCCAAAGAAGAAGAAACUGCUACCAUUAUCACACAGUUAAAGUUAGAGCGAGACGUUCACCAGAGGGAGCUGGAAGAUCUCACAUCCUCAUUGAAUUGCGUGAAAAUGAAGCAUGAACAGAAUAUCCAGGAGCUGAUGAAGCACUUCAAGAAAGAAAAGAGUGAAGCAGAGAAUCAUAUCCGGACACUGAAGGCUGAAAACUUGGAAGAUAAGAAUAUGGCUAAAGCCCAUCGCUGUCAGCUAGAGUUGUUGAAAGCCAAGUGUGAGAAACUGACAGAGGAAUUAACCCAGAAUGAAAAUGAGAACAGAAAACUGAAGCUAAAAUACCAGGAUCUGAAGGAGAAACUAGAAGAAAAGGAGAAACAUAUAAGUAAUGAAGAAGAGCACUUAAGGAGGAUGGAAGAGUCAAGGCUGCAGCUCAAGGAUCAACUUCUUUGUCUGGAGACGGAACAGGAAUCCAUUCUUGCUGUAAUAGGAAAGGAAAUUGAUGUAGCUUGUAAAACCUUCUCCAGAGAGUCAAUGGAGAAAUUGAAAGUAUUUACCUCUGGCCCUGAAAUACAUUGUGACCCACAUCGCUGGUUAGCUGAAAGCAAGACCAAACUGCAGUGGCUGUGUGAGGAGCUGAAAGAGAGAGAGAACCGAGAAAAGGCCACACGGCAGCAGCUGGCGCUCUGCAGACAGGAGCUCCGGGACCUGAUGGAGAACAAGGAGUCUGAGCUCAUGUGUCUGUUUGAGCACAUCGAGAGGCAGGAGCAGCUUCUGGAGGAGUUCCACCAGGAGAAGAGAGGUCUGCAGGAAGAGACUCAAAGAAAAGAUGAAGAAAUGGAAACUCUUCAGGACCGUGUAAAUGCAUUACAAAUGAGCCCACCAAAGGAAGCAGUUCCAGAAAGCAUUUCUAAAACUACCGCUAAGAGUCAAAGCAGGGAAGGCACUAAGGUUUGCCUAAGAGGUUUAGAAAACAUGGCUGUUUUACUUUGA